CAAUAUUUUCAUGAAUAUGUCUUCUCUGCAAACCAUAUAUCUAAGCCGCAACAAAUUCACGGGGAACCUUUCAAGGGAUGUCGGGAAUAUUACCAUGCUAACAAAUUUACACCUCCUUGAAAACCAUUUUACAGGGAUUAUUCCCACUGAAUUUGGCCAACUUUACCAUUUGGAGAAAUUAGACCUACAAUUCAACAGCUUGAGUGGUUCGAUUCCACAUGAGCUCUUUAACAUUUCAACUCUUCGGAGUCUUGCAUUGGUCGGCAAUGCUCUGUCAGGGGUUCUUCCAACCCAUUUAUGCCAUUCCUCUCCCUUUCUUGAAGAAUUGUUUCUUGGCAAUAAUUCCAUCAGUGGAGCAAUACCCAACUCCAUCUCUAACUGUUCUCAACUCAUAAAACUCUCACUUGCUAGAAACAAAUUCAGUGGUUAUAUACCUACUCAUCUCGGCAACCUAAGACUUCUUCAAAUGCUUCAACUGUUCAGCAACAAUCUUACCCAGGCACCAUCAUCUUCCUUCAUUACUUCAUUGACAAAUUGCAGGUCUCUAACUCAUUUGUCAUUUGGUGAUAAUCCUCUAAAUGGUGUCAUUCCAGCUUCUGUCGGGAACUUAUCUUCCUCACUCGAAAGAUUCAUUGCCACCAACUGCAAAUUCAGUGGCAGCAUUCCUGUUGAAAUAGGCAAUCUAAGCAAUAUGAUGGUACUGGCUUUCCCAGGAAAUGAGUUAUCUGGUAAUAUUCCACUAACUAUAAGCCAUUUGCAUCAACUUCAAGGAUUAGAUCUUCAAGAUAACAUGUUGGGAGGCUCAAUACCACAUGCUAUAUGUGAUCUAUUCAGCCUCAAUACUUUAGUUAUGAGCAAGAAUCAAUUUUCAGGCCCAAUUCCUAAAUGUCUGGGAAAUGUCUCUUCUUUAAGAAAUCUUGGUCUAGACUCCAACAUUUUGAAUUCUAGCAUACCAUCAAGCUUAUGGGGCCUAACAGAUUUGAUCAAUCUAGACUUGUCCUCGAAUUCAUUAAAUGGGUCACUACCUCUAGAGAUGAGUAACUUAGGAGCAGCGAUAUAUAUAAACCUAUCGAUGAAUCAGUUGUCAGGGUCAAUUCCGACGAAUAUCGAAAAGUUGCAGAAUUUGGUUAAUCUGUCUUUGGCAAAUAAUAGACUAGAAGGUUCUAUUCCUGUGUCUAUGGGAAGCAUGAUCAGUUUGGAAAAUCUCGACUUGUCGUACAACAACCUCUCUGGUUCAAUUCCAAAGUCUUUAGAAGCACUUCAACACCUCGACUACUUUAAUGUCUCUUUCAAUAGUUUAAGUGGAGAAAUUCCUAAUGGAGGUUCUUUUAGAAACUUCACUAUGGAUUCUUUUAAGGGUAAUGAGGCAUUGUGUGGAAUCCCCAAGUUCCAUGUCCAAAUUUGCUCUUCAAUUUCUAAUCACAAAUCAAAGAGAAAGAAGGUGGAACGAGCUUCAUUUAUUGUUUUCGGGGUUGUGGCUUGCAUCUCAGUUGUUUCUUUGGCCUUUAUAAUUGUCAGAAACAAAAGGAAAGAUAAGAUGACUAGAGAAGUUGAUGAGUUGAUAUUCAUUGUGCCGGAAAGAAUCUCUUAUUAUGAACUGUUGCAAGCAACGAAAAAAUUCGAUGAAAGCAAUUUACUUGGCACUGGGAGUUCUUGCUCUGUUUAUAAAGGAAUUCUUAACAAUGGGAAGGAUAUCGUUGUCAAGGUGUUUAACAUGCAGCUAGAAGGUAUUUCAAGAAUAUUCGAUGUCGAAUGUGAGAUACUACGUAGCAUUCGACACAAGAAUCUGACAAGCGUCAUAAGCAGUUGCUCCAAUGAAGAGUUCAAGGCAUUAGUACUUGAAUAUAUGCCAAAGGGAAACCUUGAAAAAUGGUUAUAUUCCCACAACUAUUGCUUGAAUAUGAUGGAAAGAUUGAAUAUAAUGAUUGAUGUUGCAUCUGCUUUGGAGUAUCUUCACCACGGUUAUUCAAUGCCCAUUGUCCACAGCGACUUGAAGCCUAGUAAUGUGCUGUUAGAUGAAGACAUGGUUGCCCAUGUAAGCGACUUUGGGAUAGCAAAGUUGUUAUGCGAUGGAGAUAGCUUUGUGUUAACCAACACGCUAGCAACAUUGGGUUACAUCGCUCCAGAGUAUGGCUUGGAAGGGCUAGUUUCAACAAGGUGUGAUGUGUAUAGCUACGGGGUGAUGUUGAUUGAAACUUUUACGAGAAAAAGGCCUAGUGAUGAUAUGUUUUGCGGAGAUAUGAGCUUAAAGAGAUGGGUAGAACUCUCACUUUCGGAGAACCCAGAUGAAGUGAUAGAUGCCAACUUAGUCAUGAAUUUGGAGGAAGAAAUGAUUGACAAGAAUAUGCAUUGUGUAUCAUCCAUACUUGAAUUGGCUCUGAAAUGCUCUGCCGACUCUCCCGGGGAUAGAAUCAACAUGAAACAAGCACAUGCAGAGUUGCAGAAAAUCAAACAUCGGUUUUCCCAAUGAGAUUAACUUUAAAGGCAAAAUCGUUGGUUAUGCAUCAGGAACAUGGACGACUAAUGAGGAUUAGACAACUUCAAAUCAAAAGAUAAAUUGUGUUGAAUAUGCAGUUGUUUUUUCUGGAAUAUUAAAUAAAUUAUUAUCGAAUAAGGCACUGAAAACAGUUGCUAUGUGGAUUUUUUUUUUUUUUUGUAUGUUGGUAUUGUGGUCAUGUUAUUCUUUGUUUUUAUUUGGGAGAAUAUUGUUUACAUGUUUUUGUAUGUAAAUUAUUAACUCGUUGCAUUAUUUAUUUUGAAUAUUUAGCAUAAACAGAUGAAAUAUAAGAAAUGGUUUAUGCAUGUGUGAAU